AUGACAUCGCUUCUCCGACUCCCCGAUGAGCUGCUUGAGGGCAUUGUCCAGCACCUCGGGCCUCGCGACACUGUCGCCUUCGGCAUCACCUGCAAACGGAUCCACAGGGUCGCAACCGCGUCUCUGGUCUGGAGACGGCAUUGCAUAGAAACGUGGCGGUAUUGGCAACGGCGACAUAAACUGGCUGAGAAGACAAAGCUUCCACCGGCGCAGACAGAUUGGCGGCAGCUAUUCAAGGAGCGUGCGAUAAUUGACCGUGAUGCCCUGGCACUCUUUGACAAGAUGCUCACAGAACAGCAAAGCCGAAGUCACCGCAUGGAAGAGAUCGCGUCACAGGGCUAUGAUGUGAAGGACUUGCUGCUUCGUCUGCAGAACGAGACACUUGAUUCAGCUGAAGACGUACUGGCCAGAAGAUACCAUGCCGCUGCGAUUCUAGGCCAGAUUCAUCGCUUGAUAGCCUUGGAUAAGUGGACUAUGCUGCAGCAGGGGCACCCGGUGAAGCUGGAAGAGGCCUUGGGCGCAUACGACCUCUUCGUCACCUCUGGACAGAAGGGCGAUCUGGAUGACAUCGCACGGGAAUUGGACGUCAUCGCACAGCGCGUCAGAGACACCGAUCCUGAGUUCGAGAACCUCAGCAUUCGCCAAAGAGCAGUCAAGGUCGCAGAGCUCUUGAGGUCGGAGGAGUUGGUCGGCAACCCUAGAGUGGACGAUUACCAUGCCCUGCGAAACAACUUCAUCAGCAUCGCAUUGUUCGACGAGGUACACACGUCUCUACCGCUCCAAUCGGUCAGCAUAUACUGCGCUGUAGCCCAAAGACUUGAUGUCAAUGCCAAGCCAUCCAAUUUCCCGCAACACGUCCAUGCGGUUAUCGAGGCUCUCCCAGAUCAGACCCUCGACGGUGUGUCUGCGACGCCUACAUCAGAAGCUCCGCCCGAAGUUAUGUAUAUGGAUCCAUGGAACUCGAGUGACGAGGUCCCCGAAGACCAGCUGAGCGCCCGUCUGUCUCAGAUGGGCGUCCCACUGGGCCUCCAGGGGCACCUGCUCGGAGCUGCCAGUACGAUGGAAAUGGUGACACGCACCGGUCGCAAUAUCAUGAACUCGGUCGAGCAAGCGAGACAUCGGCCGCGCCUCGCGAAUCGGCCCGCCUACCCGGAUAACGAUUCGGCAUGGUACAGCAUUCUCUGGUCGAUGCUCGUGCUGGGCGACAGUGAGCCCGCCGCCGCAGUACACCAUCGACGCCAAGUCCUUCCAUACCUGGUCGAGCACUUCCAAACCCACUUUCCGAACGACAUCGCCCUCAUUGAACGGAUCCCACCCAUGUUCACUCAGGGGCGCGAACACCAGCUCAUGACAGAGCUUGUAGCGAGCGCGCGCCAUGUCGACUACGGCGUGAAGACUGUGUGUCCUCGGAAUCAUGACACUCAGGUGCAGCACAAGGUCGGACAUUACUUCAAGCACAGGCGCUACGGGUACGAGGGCUUUGUCGUCGGGUGGGAUACCCACUGUGCCGCCGAGCCAGCUUGGAUCGAGCAGAUGCGCGUGGAUGACCUGCCUAGGGGUCGAGAUCAGCCUUUUUACAAUAUAGUUGCCGACGAUAAGAGUGUCCGUUAUGUCGCGGAGGAGAACAUCCAGGUCAUACAUGAAAUGCCGUCGCUGGCGUUAAUGCAGCUCGCGGGACGGUACUUCAAGCGCUGGGACGAGGAGAAGAUGAUGUUUGAGAGCAAUAUUCGGGAUCAAUAUCCCGAUGAUUGA